AUGGCAUCGUCGUCGCCGGCCUUCCAGUCGCGGCACUCGGCGCCUGCAGCGUGGAUGGCUCAGUUGCAGCUGUUGCAGCAGCAGCACCAGGCACUCGGUGCGCAGAUUGCCCAUCUACGCAACCACACCCAGCCAGUCGGCGGCGAUUUGGCCGGAUCCGGUCAUCAUCAUCCCCAGCCCCAGCCCCAGCCUCGUCCUCAGCCCCAGCCGCAAGACGAGCCGUCGCUCAUGUCCCUGCAAGACGCCCCUGUGCCUGGUGCUGCGCGUGCUGCCGUCGUGGCGUCGCUGGAGCAGCAGCAAUCGGCGCUCGCACUGCAGAUCGCCCAGCUGCUCAAACUGCUCCAACCACAACAGCAGCAGCCUGCCCAACACCAACACGGAUCGUGGCCGACGCCUCCUGGCAGUGCUGGUCCCGCCAUGUUCCCAUCCCACCAGCAGCUCUCUGUCUCAAGCUCUGGCGCUGGCUCUGGCGCUGGGUCUGGUGUUGCGACUGUCGCUGAAUCUGCCCGAAUUGGAAGCAGCGGCGGUCAUCAUUCGCAAUCCCAAUCUGCGCUCAACCUGCCAUUCCAGCACAAUCCAUUCGAUGCACCGCCAACGUCGCCCGUCUUCCAGACAACGCCAAUGCAAGGCACAUCGAUGUUGACUGGUGGUGCUGGUGCUGGUGCGGUCGGAGGAUGGCAGCAACCCUCCACUGGCCAACCGCCAGUCAAUCCAUUCGAGAUCCCGCAUGCUGCAGAGUCGACCGCACUUGCGUAUGGGCGCGGAGGCGAGUCAAGACCGCUCGUGGAUGGUUUGCGGAAUGACAGGAACGACAGCCACGACGUCGGCAUCCCUCCGGUGAAAUCGCGCUCCUUCUCAUUCAAUGUUCUGGCGCCAAUCACAGGCGGUAGCGGUAGCAGUGGCAGUCCUGCAAAAGAUCCCUGGGGCGAGAAUGCAGGCCGACAGAGUCCACUCAGAUCUGCUCGCUCGAGUGAACGCCUGGAAGAAAACAUCAGCCCGACAACGACAGCGAACGGCCGGCUCUCAGGCACUCAGUCGCCCAGCGGCUAUGGCAAGGCCGCGCUCACUUCCAUGAGCGACACGAUUGCCUCCGCUGCGUCUGUGGCGGCAAACACGGCUGCUGCGGCCCUGUCCAAUGCCGGAUCCCUCGUCCGGCGGAAACCCUCGUACCAGCCGCUCGAUGGCACGCUCUUGGCAUCCAACGACGACGACGACGACGCCCAGCCAGACCAGGAAGGUGCUGAUGCCGAGCACGAAGAGCACCACGAUCGAUUUGACACGAGUCAGUCGCUCGGCUCGUGGGGGUCUGGUCUGCGCGCGGCCAUUUCUGCAGGCGAUCUCUUUGGCUCGGGCGCGCGCUACCGCAGCAUUUCGGAUGGCGAUUCGACAUCGAGCUCCUUGGGCGCAAAGUCCUCCCUGCUGCUGGGCUCGAACAGUGAGACUGGUUCGCAGUUUGGACGCGAUGCCUCCCAGCCUGACGCGUUUGCCGAGAUGCACGGCUCGUUUGGCAGACAACGCAUCGACCCGCUCCAUCCCCCGCCCAAUACCCCGCUCGUUCUCGCUCCCGCGCGAUCGGUCGCCCCUCCUGUGACGCCGUCGUCGCCUGCCGCGUUUCCGAAAGCUGGAGGAGGAGGAGGAGGCGGCGGCGCAGAUCAGCUCGGAUGGGUGUCGUCGCCUCCGCUCGCUGUCAGCCGUAGCAGCGUCGACACCUCGCAAACCAACCUGGACGACGACUACCAGCCGUUUGCCUCGUCCACCCGUUUGACUCGCUCAGUGUCCACCCCAAUGGAGCCCUCCUUCAACGCCCGCAAGAGCCUCGAAGCGUUCUCGUCCUCGGGAGAUCCUUCCCAAGGUCUUGCCGUCAACGACGCCUGGACGGAUUCGCCCAGUUCCCGCGAUUCGCGAUCGCCCAUUUCCGAGCUGAACGCGGUUGUUUCCAAGACCAUGGGUGUGUUGAAAAGGAAGGGCGGCAGUCGCUACGACGUCCUGGAUGGCGACGAC